GUGUGCGCGCGCGCUGCAGAGGGGCGUCUGGGGGAAGGGAGCGGAGUUCGUCGAGAGGAAGUGAGAGCGCGAGAGACGCCGCCGCGAGCCCGGAGGAAGUUGAGAGCGCGCGCGCGCGCUUGUGUGUGCGAGCCGGCAGCAGCGCCGUGUCCGACCCUCCCUCAGAGAGCGAGAGAAGCGGGAAAGAUGCCGCGGGUCGUCCCCGAUCAGAGGAGCAAGUUCGAGAACGAGGAGUUCUUCCGUAAACUUAGCCGAGAAUGUGAGAUUAAAUACACAGGUUUCCGCGACCGGCCGCACGAUGAGAGGCAGAUGCGGUUUCAGAACGCGUGCAGGGACGGCAGAUCUGAGAUUGUGUGCCUGAAGGCUCCAAUGAUUCUUAAUGGAGUUUGUGUGAUCUGGAAAGGCUGGAUUGACCUCCAGCGACUUGAUGGUAUGGGCUGUCUGGAGUUUGAUGAAGACCGUGCACAGCAGGAGGAUGCACUGGCACAACAGGCAUUUGAAGAUGCCCGAAGGAGAGCCAGAGAUUUUGAGGAGAGGGAGAGAUCUCAUCGGGAGGACAUGGAGGUGAGAGCAACGCAGGCAGGACCCCAAUCCCGGCUCCAAUCUGGGGAGCGGAGAUGAGCUGAAACUACGUUAAACGUGCUCGGAGCAGCCUUGCCAUGGGUCAUUGUGUGGGGAUCAAGCAGCUUUUCAGUGAGACCGAAUUCUUUAAAGAAGUGAAGAUGCUUUGGCCCGGAUCAAGAACUUUGUCCUGUUCCCCACGGCCCAGGACUUUGGAUGCUCCAGUCGGCACAAACUGCCAGGGAUUGCACUAUGUCCACGUUACAGUACCUGCAUUUCCUGUUGUAUGCAUGUAGCUGGUAGCAAUCUGUGUGUGACUGUUUUCUAUGCAAGCUGUAUUUUUUUAUUCUGUUUUUGGUGAUAUUUUUACUUGUCCCUUUUUAUGUAUUGUUUAAUUUGUUUCCAUUUCUCACCUGGUUUAACCAAAAAUGCAGCAAAGAAGUAUCUCAAAAUUAGGUCAUAAAAUAUUGCAGUUAAAUUAAUUUUUUUUUAAAUGUGGCAGGAAACCCAGAGAUUCUAUUUUCUGCUUUUUAUAAUAAAUUCUGGGCUGAUGGACGUUAAGGGCCUUAAUUCUGUUCGCUUUUGCUUUUCUUGAGCACCGAGGAAAUGCAUUGUUUGCUUACUAGCAAUUUUUAGUUCUGAUUUUUGUAUCCUGUAAAGAGAUAGCCACAUAAGGAAGCUUAUUAUCAGAGCAAAACUUAAACAUGUAAAAUAAAAGCAAAUUAAGGACAAAUGGUCAACACAAAUUUGGGGAACAGAAGACUGUCCAACAUGAACAUUCAGUUUGACUUAUUUCUUUCAUUUUCCAAAUUAAAUUUGAUAUGAAACAAUAAUGCCCACAUAAAAUUGAUUUCAACCUCUUCAUCAUAAAAAAACUGAUGCGUAGUUUCUUUAAAUCCAACAUAAUUGUUAUUUUAGGCCACGUCAGGAACCCUUGAGUUCUGCUACUAAGUAAAAUAUAUAUUAUCCUGAAAAUAGGGUGCAGUUUGGGCUGACAGAAUGUGCACUGCUUACAGUUAAAUUACAUCAUGUGCUGGACAUAUGAAAAGUGACCAAAUGAAUUCUGACAGACCCUGACGAAUGUACAGUAUGUUCGGAAUGGAUGCUAGUGGCCUUGGUGGCUAUUUCUUGCUCUGCAAUGCAUAAAAAAAUCUUAAUGCUGGCGUUAAGAUUGGGGAUGUCUGCUUUCUGCUAUUUAGUGCAAAUAAUUCAAAACUUUUAAGUUACUGGUUUUAAGUUAUUGAUGCGAUUUAAUACGGUUUUUCCGAUCACUAUUUAAGUAGAACCAAUUGCAUCGUUUUUUUACGUAGUACAUCUCCCUCAGGAGUUGCUUUGAUUUAUCAGAAUAGCUUUUGCUACCUUUUGAAUCUAAAGCAUUUUCUUUUAAAUUACUUUCAUAAUAAACUUCUGUAAAGUCAAA